AUGACAGCUGUAAAAUCAUGUAAAAUGAUAAGCAAGGUAGGUGGAUCUCUUUGUCAGAAAAGCAUGUCAUAAAAAAUUUGUAAACUCGCAAUAAUUAUGAGCGACGGGAAGUCGAAAUCAGAGCAGCGGAACUGGCACGUGUAAUCUCUCGAAGACGUUGACAAUCAUAUAAAUCAUGUGUCCUGCGCUCCUGGAAAACGAAGAGCGAUGCUUCGGAGGUAUGACUUUUUUUGCGCAAAGUCAUCCGGUGGAGGUUUGCGGUAGUAAUGGUCUACCGCUUACUCCAAAUUCUAUAACCAUUUAUGGGAAAUCGCAGUUUUUGAAAACCAUUUAUCAUCCACAUCUUUCUCCUUAUCUCGACAUAAUUAGAAGCAAACAUGAGAGAAUAGUAGUUGUUUCGGAAUAUAGUGGAGAUCCAUUGAGUACCAAGCAUGAUUUGAAUACAGAAGAGAUUAUCAGAAUAUCCUUUCAAUGUCUCUUGGCGCUACAACAUAUGAAUGAAUUAGAUCUAGUACAUAGGCACUUAAGUCCAGAUAAUAUUCUAAUUAAGAAAAAUGGUGACAUCCAAUUGUAUAAUUAUGGAUUGUAUUAUAUGACAGAUGGAGGAAAAAAUGUAUCUUUCCCAAUUGGUACUCCAAAAUAUACAGCGCCAGAAGUAUUUCUCACUCCUAGUUUAAGUGGAGUUAAGGUAGAUUCUUGGUCUAUAGGAAUGAUUAUAGCCGAAAAGUUAUUAGGACAAUCCAUUUGGGCUAGCGUGAAAUUGUCCCAAUGCCUCAGAAAAGUUUUGAGCUUAAUAUUAUGUGAUACUAGCAUAUUCGAACGUCUUGCCAGAGAAAACAACUGUUUUAACAUUUAUGAGAAACUACCAAAGGAACUAAAGGAAUUUGUGGAUUCAUGCUUACAAAUUCAUCCUGCUAAGCGUAAAACUCCAGAGCAAUUACUAAAAUUACCAAUAUUUGCGGAAUAUUUAAAGAGAAACGCACAGGACAAGGAAGCAAAUCUUUAUAAAAAUGUGAUUGUUAGGAAAAUGGAUGAAUUGUAUUACUUAUGGCAAUUGGCUGGUGGAGAUAUCACUAUAGAUUUGAAAAAGCAAGGUCUUAUUAGAUCGAGACCGCCUAUAUUAUCUAUUCCAAAUUUAGUAAUAUUAUUGGGUCAAAUGUUCGGCCAGAGAGACACUGCUAGUCUACUUGAUGUAAGAGUCGUAAAAGUUCCUCUGGAGACUCUUCGCCAGCGUUUGGCUCACAUUCCAUUUAUAGCAAAUUAUCCUUGGCUGACAAAUCAAAUGCGAGUUCAGGCACAGGAAGAUCUAACAAAUACCGCGUCCCAGUUGCCAUUAAUUAUAAGAGAGCGCGACACGGAAUAUCAAUUUUACAGGCUUGUCUUGUUCGACAGACUCUUACAGGCAUAUCCACUCACUCAGGAAGCGAUUAUUGAUGAGGCGCACAAAGAUAUACCGCCUCCAGUUAGAGGUGCUGUUUGGACGACUUUACUCGGUAUUACUGGCGAUAUACAGGAACGUUACGAUAGAAUCGAUAAGGAAACACCUACUCACACCGAUCGGCAGAUAGAGGUAGAUAUACCGAGAUGUCAUCAGUACAGCGAAUUACUGUCAUCCGGCGCCGGGCAUGAAAGACUGCAAAGAUUACUGAAAGCGUGGGUUAGAAAUAAUCCGCAUUACGUUUACUGGCAAGGGCUCGAUUCUUUGACGGCGCCUUUCCUUUAUCUAAAUUUUAACAACGAAGCUCGAGCGUUCGCAUGUCUGUCCACCUUUAUACCGAAGUAUCUGCACAAGUUUUUCUUAAAAGACAACUCAGCAGUAAUACAAGAAUAUCUGGGCAAGUUUUCUCAAAUUAUUGCGUUUCACGAUCCUCAAUUGGCGAAUCAUCUGAAGUCCAUAAACUUUGUACCAGAACUCUUUGCCAUACCGUGGUUUUUAACAAUGUUCUCACAUGUAUUUCCGUUGCAUAAAAUAUUGCAUCUGUGGGAUAAAUUAUUGCUGGGAGACUCGUCGUUUCCUCUUCUAGUCGGAUUGGCAAUUUUGAAGCAGCUGCGAGACUCGUUAUUAAUGUCAGGUUUCAACGAAUGCAUUCUCCUAUUUUCUGACUUGCCUGAAAUUGAUAUAGAAUUGUGCGUUAAAGAUUCCAUGACAAUGUAUCAAAAUACACCUGCUAGUAUCACAUAUAGAAAACAUCAAUAUAAUACAGCAAAGGAUAUAAAUAGGAUUGAACCUGAAGUGGGAACCGAAAAAAUGCCAAGGAUAAGUGUAGACGAUUUUUUAAAUCUUUACAACAACUCGCCAAGCAAGGUCAUAGCGGUCGACGUACGUAGUAAUAUACAAUUUGAAAGAGGUGCUAUUCUUGGCAGUAUUAAUAUUCCGUUCACAAGUGUACAACUGUCUCAAACUCACAUUGACACACUCGGACCACAGGCAAAACCGUUAGUGGAUAAUAAAAGCAGCAUCGUUGUAAUCAUCGGACCGCACGAUCAAAAUAACGCUUUGUUUGCAGAUUUUCUAGUAAAAUGCGGUGUCAUAGGAGUCUGCUCUCUGCAAGGUGGAAUUAACGCGUUACGAUCAAAGUCUCCGAAUAUCAUAGUACCUGUGCGUGCUAAUUAAAAACUAUGUAAAUUAUAUACUGUACACACACACACACACACACACACACACACAUUGUACAUACUUAAU